ACGAACUUGGGGUCUUGUUCUUGGAAAAUUUGAUUAAUCGUUGGUGUGUAGCGUCUGUGUUAGAAUUUGAGUGAUAAAAUUGAGGUUAGAAGUCGAAGUGUUCUGUUGUCCUAGUGGAAAUUAAUCCGUUGUGUUAUGGUUGUUUUUAUUGAGUAAAAUAUUUAUGGCGCAGAGGAAUUGAAAUAAAAACUAACGUAGAUUGCAAUUUGUAUCAAUCGAACGUAUCAUAAUAAUAAUAGCCUUGAUUAAGUAGAAGUGCUCAUGACAUGAUGUAGGAUAAAGUAAUGGGGAAUUGUCGAAUGAUUAAUUACCGCUAGGAAUAUUAUUGCCAAUUUUUCAUAGAUACAAACAAGAUUUGAUCCAACAAUUCGACGCUCCGUAAUGUAUUUACAUUCAAUCAUUACGAUAAAAUGGAUAUCCUUCUGAGUAUAAACAAAUAAAGUGGCUGUGUUUAUGUCGUAAAGGCGAUUCGUCUGUGUACUCUUAUUCAGGAGCAAAUGUUAUUAUCGAGUAUCUUCAAAUUUAAGUGUGCUUGUGUGUAUUCGUGAAUAUGUCUCAGUCACAUCAAGGACCAACCAGUCCUAGCUCUAGUCAUGUGAACACUGAUCCCUAUGUUUUCCCUACCACUCCUGGAUCAGGAAAAAGCGUGAAGUCUGAGGAGAGAAAAUCCAGGGCCCUCUCCAACAUAUUGCCAAAAUUGCCAUCUAGUGAUUCACUUUCAAACACCCCAGGUGGGCUUAGUUUUGAAAACUUUGACCAUACUUCAGGUGAUAAAGAUAGAUUGCAGACCCCAGAUCCGACGUCGAAAUUAACUAGAAAAGAGUCGUACAAAGCGCAAAGAAAAAAUUAUAGGCGGGAGAAAAAGCGAGUGACCAACGAACUGUUGAAUUCGUUGAAAGAUCCAUCUGUAGUAGUCCUAGCAGAUUGGCUCAAAAUAAGAGGCACCUUAAAGUCCUGGACGAAAUUGUGGUGUGUCCUGAAGCCAGGUCUUCUGGUGCUUUAUAAAAGUCCUAAGGCGAAAAGCAGUCACUGGGUUGGAACAAUCCUUCUGAAUUCCUGCAAAGUGAUUGAGCGACCUAGUAAGAAAGAUGGUUUCUGUUUUAAACUUUACAAUCCUCUUGAUCAAUCAAUUUGGGCACCAAGGGGACCAGAAAAUGAGACAAUCGGUGCAGUUGUCCAGCCUCUUCCCAGUUCUUACUCAAUAUUCAGGGCGCCGUCUCAGGCGUCUGGUAUGUGCUGGUUGGACGCCCUGGAAAUAUCUAUAAGGAAUAACACAGCUUUAGUCCGAUCAGUGAGUAAUAAAUCGGGCAGUGCAAAUCAUGAAACACAAUGGAACGAAGCAGAUUAUGAGAAACAUUUCCACAAUGAUCUUGAUGAUGUCAGUCAGCCCGAAAACGGCGCUCAUUUAAGUACAGGCGAUUGCGAGAUGACCGAUUCCGAAUCGGAUAUUUCUGCAAAAGAGGAGGAAAUCGACGAUGAUCCUCCUGAAACCCCUUAUAUUCCAGUUCCAGAGGAAGAGUUUGGUGGAUCAGGUGCUCAAGUGGAGGAAUUGGCGGAAGAGAACAAAUCAUUAAUAUGGUACUUGGUGAAACAGGUUAGACCGGGAAUGGAUCUAAGCAAAGUUGUUUUACCUACGUUUAUCCUCGAACCACGUUCGUUUUUAGACAAACUGACAGACGCCUAUUAUCAUGUCGAUAUAUUAUCGAGUGCCGUUGCCGAGGAUGAUGCUUUCACAAGAAUGAAAACCGUAGUACGGUGGUAUUUGUCUGGCUUCUACAAAAAGCCCAAGGGUCUGAAGAAGCCGUACAAUCCGAUUUUAGGGGAAACAUUUCGGUGCUACUGGCUCAAUCCUAACGGUUCCAAAACGUUUUACAUCGCCGAGCAAGUGUCGCAUCAUCCACCUAUGUCGGCUUUUUAUGUGUCCAACAGGCAGGACGGGUACUCCAUUAGUGCCAGUAUUCUCGCUAGAUCUAAGUUUUACGGUAACUCAACAUCUGCCAUCUUGGACGGAACGGCUGUUUUGACCUUGUUGCCUCGCGGUGAAGAUUACACAAUGACCAUACCCUAUGCCCACUGCAAGGGCAUCUUAGUGGGCACGUUGACGAUGGAGCUUGGCGGCAAAGUAACCAUAGAUUGCGAGAAGACUGGUUAUUACACGGAAAUCGAAUUCAAGUUGAAACCUUUUCUGGGCAGGUCGGACCAAACUAACUGCAUCUCGGGCAAAUUGAAGCUGGGCAACGAGACCUUAGCCACCUUGGAAGGUUACUGGGAUGGCGUUAUCACAUUGAAAGAUAAAAGGACCGGCGAGCAGUCCACCCUAUGGAACCCCACCGAUAAAGUGAGGAGCAGUAGGCUCAUGCGUCAUACGGUGCCAAUUGAUAAGCAGGAAGAUUUCGAGUCUGAGAGAUUGUGGCAGCACGUGUCUGCUGCGAUCAUGAGGGAGGACAUGAUUGCAGCCACCGAGGAGAAGACACUCCUCGAAGAGGCUCAGAGAGCGCGUUCGAAGGAGCGCAAGGCAAAAUGUGAGGAUUGGUUCCCGGCACAUUUUCAGCAAGAUUUAAAAAGCGGCCGUUGGGUUUACAUGCACUCCGACUUGAGACCAUGGGAUCCUCGGAACGAUCUAUACCAAUACGAAUUCGACUACGUCAUAUCCACCAGAACUAAACACCUUACUCCCAUGAUAAGAACGUCGAGUAUUAUCAGUGUGGAUCCUCAACAGGGGGAUACAAGGUCGCUCAGCAUGAAAACCUCCAAGAGGAAAGUUGCGCAGAAGCAGGUGUCGUCUGAUGCUGACAUAAAUGACAGCGCUACAACGUCCGAGGAAUUUCACUCCGACUCGACCCAAUCGGUCAAGAACAUGCCGAAAUCAUCAGGGGUAUUGUUGGCGAUUCACGAUCUCCAGAAAUGCGUGCGAGAUCAAGGUGAAAAGAUCGCCGAACUUCAAGGUAGUAUAAACAGUAUGAUCCAAAGCUGUCGUUUGAGAAACGGCCCCACGUAUAUCGAAAUGUUUCUGAUUGUUUUGGUGGCUGGAUGUAUGCAGGCCCUUAUCUUGUAUUUGGCAUAGGUGCAUCGAAAAUUAGUUCAUCAAAUUUCGAUGAAGCGAAUUUUUGACAACAUUCUAUUAUGAAUUUAUGACAUUAUCGUAUUCAGGUAUUUCACGUAAUUAGGUGGAGAUUUUUACAUGAUUACAAAAGAUUAUAUUAAAAUAUAUUUCGGUAAGCACUCUUAUAUACCUCCAGGCUGACCGGUGUUCACGUUGAAGGUGAGAUGAAGGGAAACUUUUUGUUUAAUUUUAUUUAUUUUGUGAAUAUUCUACAUUACAUCUAUUUAUUCGAACAAAUAAGUCUGAAUUGAGAGAGCAAUAAUUUAAUAAGUGAUAAACUGGUCAACAAACUUGUAAUAUUCGUUUUUAUUCCAUUCUCAUUUUGCAUGUGCAGGUGUUGGUGAUUUGUCUCGAUGUUACCAUUAUGUGCAAAUUAUUAUUGUGUCUAGAAUGAUACAAAUGUUUAUUUGUUAUUAUUCUAGAAUGUUAUGUCCCUCUGGAUUAUCGUUAAUUGACGCUUAUCACAUUCCGUCGAACCCCAUGUGUUUGUUAAUGAAAAAUGUAACAUCUGAACAACAUGGAAAUUUUAUAAAUGACGUUAGAUUCUAGUUCCGCAAGUAUACAGGUUGUUCGGUAGUGAUUGUACAAACUUGUAUGACAAGUAUACUUGUCAUAUGAUAUCUGCACAGUGAUUCAUCGAACACCUUGUGUAAGAGCACCCACAAUCUACAUAUAGUGAAAAUCGAGACUAGUCUCAUUUUCUCUAUGUUUUAUUAGUAACAAUAAGAACUGAUCCCUCACAUUAUUAGUUCAAAUUGUUUCAUCUCAUGUUUGAUGGAAUAUACUAUCAGCCUAUCGCUCUCACUUUCAAAUUGAUUUUGACGAAAGUUUAUAAGUUUUAUACUAGUUGCAAGUCAGUUGCUCUUUUCCUUAAUGUACACAGAAAAAAAUUGGCACUGCACUAAUAAAUAUAUGAGUAAAUGAGUAUACACAUUUAUAUAUAUAUACGUAAGGAAGGUGGAACAUAAUUUUAAAUCACAUCACAUUUGGCAAUCAAAAGCCAUUUCAAUCAAGUUAACGGCCCUUCUUUGCCGUGAAUCGUUCUUAAAUUCUUAUCAAAAACGUUCAGAUUAGGGACUAAAAUAGUCUCGUAAGAUUAAACUUUUUACAUCAUCGCGAUAUAAGCAAGGUUUUUAUGUCUUGAAAUUCAACCAUCCAUACAAAGAUCCUACCCUAUUUUGAACUAGUGUUAGUGUUAGUAUUUACGCUCCAAUCUUGAGAAAAGCCUUUUCAAUCCUAUUCAUUCUUUUCAUAUAAAAAAACGCAGGGUGAGGAUCGAUUUUAAUAUAUAAAUUUUUUUUUUCGAUAUUCAAUAAUAGCUAGGAAUCGGUUUUGGACAACUAAGAGAAACUCUUGUAGGUAUGGAAUUCUUGCUCAACAACAAGUAUAGUGUGAUUUUGUAAAUUUUUACCCCUACGUCCAAGUUCGAGAGAUCUUUCUAGUGUCGAGUCACAUUUUGAAAAGGCACUCUCGAAGAAAAAUUUAACACGUACGGAUAUCUUGGAAAUAUUUCUUGUGGUUGUUGUAACAUUCGCCGAGUGCUGUUUGAAAAUGUGAUUACUUGGAAAUCUAUCGAACACUUAAUUUUAUCGAUUUCAGGGAUAAUUCUUCUUUCUUGUAUGUUUGAAUAGACCUUUUCGGCUAUUUCAACGUAGGUCUUAUUAUGAGUGUUCCAGAAACAAUCUAUGUAUUUAAUUGUUCACAAUUUUAACACACUUUUAACGACUUCAUUGCUUUCUCAUAUCCGGGAAAGAUCCGAGCUGGUAUGAGAAAGUAAAAAAUCGUUUACAAUUUAUUGAAGAAUAGCGUAGUCUCGCAACUAAUAAGUUUUAUCUCGAUUUUGUUUCUGGGCUUUAGAAGUGUUUUUUUCUGAAAUUUUGAAUGCCGAAAUUGCUCUGGGAUUUUUUUUAUGUGCAUUCCUUUGCAAUUUAUUAUUGAUUGAAGAUAUUCUAUGUUUCAAAGCUGUAUUUUGUGAUUUAGUUACUGUGUAUUACACGGCAUGAAAUUUGUGAUAUUGUAAAUAAGUUUUUAUUUUCAAUCUUCAACUUAUGUAAUUAUAACAUGGUCGAAGGAUUAGUCAAUGGAAUGGUUACAUAUUUUAGCUGUUACAAUUUAUUACUUGAAGAAUAAUAAAUGAUAAAUGCUC